AUGGCAUUUUACCAGUCGGAAAAAAAAAACAGGCAAAGCAGUUCAGCCCAAAAUAUUGAGGAAGGAACCCACAACUUAGGCAACCACAAAGCGAAAAUAUCACAAGGCGAAGAAGAAGUUCCACGGAAGGCGACUUGGAGCGAUGCGCACCAUGCGUUAAAAGUAAAAAACGGAAGCGGAAGCCAGGGGGGAAGUCGCAACCGAAGUCGAAGCGAAGGUCAAGCGGCUGGUCAAGAGGCAAAGCAAGAGGUAGGUCAAGAGGGCGAUCAAGCGACAGGUCAAAGGCGCAGCUCAAGCCGAAACCUGAACGAGAAGCACCCACGCAUUGACACCGGUUCUCUGGCAGACGAGGCUACUAUCACGGUCCCCCCCCAUUCGAAGGAAGGCCCAAGUGAAGUAGCGAACUCGUCUGGCAACACGUGUAACGUCCCUGCGCAUGAAAAGUUAAGCGACAAGGUGGGAGGCACGCUCCAGGACACGCUAAGGGACACGUCAGACGGCAGGGUGGGAAAAAUAAAAGUCGACAAAUCGCUCAAGCUUCCGAAUCCUAAACCGGGAGAAAAGGCACUUUCUCAGUUGCUAAUCCAUCCAUCCGUCCAAGUGUCAACCCAACUGCCACCCCACCCAACCAUGAACUCCUACCAGAGCGAUGCCAAAAAAAACAACUACCUCAUGAGGCAGGCUGUAUUCUUUACGCCAAAAAAAAACUGUGUAAUUGUAAGUAAUGAAAAAAAGGAAAUUGGAAACAGAAUCGGCCCCAAUGGGAAUGAUGAGCAUCCCUUGAAUAGUACGUUGCACAAAAAUGGUGCUUGGGUGGGAGGCUCUGAUCAGAGGAAAACGGAGAAUUAUGGUGGAACUAUUUGGAAGAGCAAAGACACCUUGUUAUCUUUCAAUACUGAUAAGCAUGGCGUGAACCAUAACAAAAUCAAUUUGAACACCGCGCCUGUGUCCUCCCCGCACAGCUUUGGCGCGGCGGAAAAUACCAUCUCUGGGGGAGAAUACUCCCUUUCAGGGGGACACUACGCUGCACAUGCAGGACAGUACGGUAACUGCGUGGGGGAGUACACAGUUGGGGGCACGGAGUACGGUGGAGGAGGCGGAGGGGAGUACCCCUUCUGCAGCGCGAACAACUGCAGCGUUAGUAGCAGCUUGACCCUGCAGGGAAAUAACUUCAACAGCCCCAACAUAGGUAACAUGAACUUUCUCCAAAACGGGAACACCAUGAGUGGUAAGGUGGGAGGAGGGGCAGGGGGAGGCGGGGGGAAUAUCAACGAAGGGAGUCUGGAGUACCUGAAUAUAUCAUCUCAAUGUUUCGCAGAAAAGAAAAAAGACAUAGUGUACUUGUUUCAAGAACUCCUAAGUUAUUGCGAAUGCUUAAAAAGAAAUAGGAAGAAAAGCACGGAGGAGAUUAAUAAAAUACGAAUUAGCUACAACAAGGUUUCGGAUUUAUUAAAAGAAACGUUGAAGAGGGAAAAAAAUAGCCACAUAAAAAUUGAGGAGCUCAGGAAUAUCAUCAUUACAUAUGACGAGAAAUUGGACCGAGUUAAAAAUAGCUCCGAAGGGACGAUAUCAAAUUUAAAUAAAAAUGUACAAACGUUAAUUGAUUUAAAUAACAAUCUGGAAAUGGAAAUGAAUAAAGUUGCAAAUGAAAAUCAGCAGUUGAGAAAAAUUGCACAAAAUGAAUUUAACCUGAACAAAGAAAUUAACGAAUUGAGAAAUCAAAUCGAAAUUUUAAACAACGAGAAAGUUGUCCUUGUAAAUCAAAUUGAUGGACUUCGGUUGGAAAACUCAAAAAUUGAAAAUGAGAAAAAUGUCCUGCUAAGUGAUAAGACAUUAUUACACUGUAAAAUUGAUGAACUUGAAAAUGGACUCAAAAAUAAAAAUAAAAAUAAUAUUUUUAAUCAAGCAAAUGGCAUUGAGCGGGAGAGUAAUCCAUUUAUAAUUAAUUCGGAUGAAGAAAUAAAUCAGCAAGUGAACAACUACUUGAACUUGAACCAUGAGCAGCGGACGGAACUGUUCAAGAAUUUCCUCUACCACUGGCGCGAGACCAAUAAGGCCGGUCAGAAGUUUUACGAACAGUCCUGCGUCGCCGGCGCGCCGCUGUAG